AUGGACUCUCUCGGAUUCCUUCAAACAAUCGGGCUCAUAGCUCUCGUUGGGGUGGCAUACAACGUCGCAUGGCCCUUCCUUCCCUUCCUCCGCAAAUCCAAACUCAACCGGUACCUCGUCCCCGUCAACGGCAAGCCAGCCUGGGCCCUCGUCACCGGCGCAAGCGACGGCAUAGGCAAAGGUCUCGCCAACGAGCUCGCCGCCCGGGGCUUUAACGUCGUUCUCCACGGCCGCAAUGACGUCAAGCUCGAGGAGGUGCGGCAUAACCUCGCCCUUGCGAACCCGGAGAGGGAAUUCCGUAUCAUGGUUGGCGAUGCAGGGGUUCUCGGGGCCGGGGAUAAGCCAUGGGAUGUCAUGCUUGCGCCGCUGGAGAACUUGAAUCUACGUGUGCUCAUUAACAAUGUCGGCGGCGGGCCGGCGGAGCCGAUUAUGAGGAGAUUGGAUGAGUCGUCCAUGGAGGAGGUCGCGGCCAAUGUGCAUAUGAAUGCACUGUUUCCAACGCUGCUUAACGCGAUUUUGAUCCCGCGGUUUACUGCGUCGUCGGAGCCCGCGCUGAUUAUCAAUGUUGGGUCACUUUCGGAUAACGGCUUGCCGCUGCUGUCGUUUUACAGUGGGAGCAAGGCGUAUCUCGGCGCCAUGUCGACGUCCAUGGCAAGGGAGCUGUCGAUGGACGGGUUUGAUGUCGAGGUUAUGGGCGUACGGAUCGGGGCGGUGGCGACGAAGCCGGAGCUGAUGACGCCCCGGGUGUUCUGGCCUUCGGUUGAGGUUAUUGCGAGUGCUAUCUUGGAUCGAGUCGGGUGUGGGAGGGCGGUGCUGAUUCCGUAUUGGGGUCAUGCGGUGCAGAUGGCGUUUUUGGAACUUGUGCCUGCGGUUUUGCAGGAUCCGUUGUAUGAGAGGAUUAUGGUGAAGAUGAGGUCUACGGAGAAGAAGGUGUUUAGCAAGGCGAAGUAA